AUGUAUACUGGGAAGGAAGAUCCCUUAUCCCACCUUAAGUAUUUUGAGAUGCAAAUAGACCUUCAAGGAGUACGAGGAGAUGUAUGUUGCAGAGUUUUUCUUGCCACCCUUUCAGAAGCCGCCCAACAGUGGUAUUUCAAGUUGGCACCCAGAAAAAUCAGCUCAUGGAAGUCUUUCUCCUCGGAGUUCCAUGCACAAUUCUCCUCCUCUCGCCAACUUCCGUUGGACCUAGGAGAUCUGGUCAAAGUAAACCAAAGACUAGGAGAGCCUCUCCGAGCCUACAUAAACAGAUUCAUGAUGGAGGCGACUAAGGUUUCUCGGGUAACCGAGGAUAGAAAGUUGUCCCCAAUACUAGGGGGCAUUGAAGUCCUUAGUGAGCUUUGGAAGGACAUAGGAAGAACGGACCAGUAG